AAGCGCAUGAAUGGUAUAGAGGGUUUUGUCGGUCCAUAAAAAACUCUCUUGGUCUAAGAAAAGAGCAGAAAGAAAGGAAGGAAGGAAGUGCAGAGAUGGUAACAACAAAGCCACAUGCAGCACUUUUGGCCAGCCCCGGCAUGGGCCACUUGAUCCCCAUGGUGGAGCUAGGGAAGCGCCUCCUCACUCACCACGGCUUCCACGUCACCCUCUUCGUCGUCACCACCGAUUCCUCCACCACAACUCAGCUUCUCCACCAAACAUCAAACCUAAACUCCCUCAACAUCGUCCAAGUCCCUCCCAUCGACGUCUCCCACAAGCUCCCACCCAACCCACCUUUAGCCACACGAAUAACGCUAACCAUGAUGGAGUCCAUACCCUUUCUACGCUCCUCCAUCUUAUCCAUGAACAACCCUCCUCCUUCAUCUCUCAUCGUAGACAUGUUCGGCCUCGUCGCUUUUCCCAUGGCACGUGACCUCGCCAUGCUCACCUACGUCUUCUUCGCCACCAGCGCAUGGUUCUCCGCGGUUACUCUAUACUUUCCCUUCAUGGAUAAAAAAACGAUGGAGAGCCACGCCCAGAAUCACGAACCGCUUCUGGUUCCGGGUUGCGAACCGCUUCGGUUCGAGGACACGCUCGAACCGUUUUUGUUUCCGGGAGGGGACGUGUACGAGGGUUACCUCGAAGCAGCGAAGGCGAUUGUAACCGCGGACGGGAUCCUGAUCAACACGUGGCAAGAUCUGGAGCCUGCUGCCACCAAGGCGGUUAGGGAGCAUGGGAGUUUGGGGCGGUUCGUGUAUCCGGUUGGACCGUUGGUGAGAACCGUAGAGAGGAAACAGGAGCACGAGGUUUUGCGUUGGCUGGACCGGCAACCGGGUGAGUCGGUUAUCUACUUGUCGUUCGGGAGCGGUGGGACCCUGUCGGAGGAGCAAAUGAGGGAGGUGGCGUUUGGGUUGGAGCUGAGUCAGCAGAGGUUUGUUUGGGUGGUGCGGCCGCCCAACGAAGACGCCAGUGGCUCGUUUUUCGACGUGGCGAGCGGUGGUGACGUGGCGGUUGGUUACUUACCGGAAGGGUUUGUGAAAAGGACAGAAAAUGUGGGGUUUGUGGUCCCGAUGUGGGCCCCGCAGGCUGAGAUACUUGGACAUCCUGCGACGGGUGGUUUCGUGACGCACUGUGGUUGGAAUUCCGUUUUGGAGAGUGUCCUGAACGGCGUUCCCAUGGUGGCGUGGCCCCUUUACGCGGAGCAGCUGAUGAACGCUUUUAUGCUGUCGGGGGAGCUGGGGGUGGCGGUGCGGGUGGCGUCGGAGGAGGGCGGAGUAGUGCGGCGGGAACAGGUGGCGGAGUUGGUGAGAAGAGUGAUGGUGGGUUCAGAGGGUGGUGCUAUGAGGAAGAAAGUGAAGGAGGUGAAAGUGAGCGGAGAGAAGGCAUUGUCUUCUCGUGGUUGGCUUUGUGAAAUGAGCAAGAACUGUGAACUUCAUCUUCAGGCUAAAGUUUCCGCUGCUUAACGCUUAGGGGGUGCCACUGCCACUGAUCAUGAUGUCUUCAGCGACGUCGUUUGCUCUUGAAUUAAUCCUUCACCAUAUACAUAUUUUUCUUCUCUACGUUUAUCGUCUUUAAUUCAUAUUUUUGCGUUUUGCUUGCUCAUGGAAUACGCACGUCACACGGGUUUACAUUUAACUCUCACUUUAAGAAGUUAUAUAUAAUAUAUAUAUAUAAAUAAAUAAAUGUGAGUA